ACAUCACAUAUGUUCAGGGGCUUUUUAACUGCAUUUGAAUUAUUUGGCUCUUCACCUUCGCUCACUGCAGUUAUACUUGUUUUUUAAUACAAAACAUGGCAAGACUUUGGAGUUUGACUCAGUUUUUACUUGUGUGUUUUGUAGCCUCUUUUCUUGCCUCUGAAUCCAAUGUAAUGAGAGCCGCUCCUCACAGUCCCAGAGUUGCCGGGGUCUUCAUGCUCAUCGAAGGAGGAAAGUACACGUUGAACUUCACGUCUGCCAGAGCUGCCUGCUUGUUACUGAACGUAACCAUAGCGACCAAACACCAAAUGGAGCGAGCGGUGCAGCAAGGACUGGAAAUGUGCAAAUAUGGCUGGAUUGCAGAACAGAUUGGAGCCAUCCCACGGAUUAUAUCUGACCAGAACUGCGGAAAGGGCAAAACUGGGUUGGUGCUGUGGUGGGCAAGUCCAAAUAAAACGUUUGGUGUUUUCUGCUUCAAUGCCUCAGAUUCAGAGGAAACUCUGAGUACGACAAAAGCCGUCCCCCAAACCUCCACAUCUCCAACCAUGCUGACUUCACUGACUCAAACCCCAACACCUACCACAACUACGGUUAAAUCUACAACCAGGGCUCCAUCUUCCAGAAAGCCCAAAACAACAAAAUCCCCUGAGCCGACAUCUGCUUCAACUCUCCUGGUCGAGACAACCCGUUCAACUAGGAUUUCCUCCACCUACACUUCUCUCGAUCCUUUCUCCACCCAUAUUCCUACAUCUCUCAUCUCUCACCUCAUCAGCUCAAAACCAACAGUCGGCACUGUUGCCUUUUCUACUUCUGUCUCCGUCGUGCCUCAGUCUGAGAGCUCUGCAAAAACUUCUCUCGGAGUUGUGCGUACAGCCCUCAUCAUACUUGGCGUCAUUCUCUUACUUCUGGCAGCAGCAGGUGCCAUGUGGUACUACAAACUGAACCUAUUUCGGUGUCUGGGGCAGCAGAAAGACGACAUAGAGACAGAGAUGUGGAAGCACACAGACAGUGAGAUGGACCUGCACAGUCAACAUGGAGCAGAGGAGGGGGAUGAAUGUGAAGAACCAGACAGGAAGUACUCCAGUGAUAUCACGCUGUGUGUGAAUCCAGACAUCAAAAAUAACUGAUCAGAGUAGCUUGACCAUAUUUCUGAAGGAGAUUCUCUUAAGUCAAAUGAAUGGGCAAUAUGACCUAAAUGUUUAAAAAAAUGUUUUAUACAGGCUCGAGGAUGAUUUCUUUCCUGAAGGGUUUGAUUGGUUUCUUUGACUUUUCAAUGUGAUUGUAAAUACUGUACAUCUUAUGUGAGCUUUUUCGUCUAAACUUACUUUUACUGAGAUUGACGAGCUGCAGUAACUCAGUCUAUCUGUCCCUAAAGAGCACGUUUAUGAUUUUGAAAUAAAUCUUUUCCAUCUGAAAUCGGGAGUGGCCACAGGUCAGCCAUCAUAUUCCUAAAAAAUGUGCACGUUUGGUUUGCAGGUGAAACUGCUUAGACACAAUUAUGGCAAGAACAAAACUAUCAGUAAUGAAAGACAUUAAACAGGUAAUUAUAUGUUUGAAUAGGUUAAUUACCCCAGAAAGAGGCAUGCAUAUGGAAUGAUAUAAUUGGUAUAUAACAGAUGAAAUUACAAGUAAUGACAGUAACGGACAAAUUAAUGAAAAACAAGAAUAAAUAUUUGGAGAAACAGGAUGACAGUUCCUCCAAUCCGUUGGACACGAGGGCUUACUGAAUGUUUUGAUGAUAUGAAAAUGAUAUGACUCAUAUGCUAUGGCCUUCACAGUCACCACAUCCCAACCCAUGAAGAACUGAGUGAUUUCCGCCCGAGGUGUUAGAUAUUGCCCUGCACCACCAUCAUCAGGAAACUAAUUGAGGGAAUAUGUUUUUAAAAAACCUGUGUUUCAUUUCUCCUGUGGAGUUCAGAGUGUUUUAGAAUCGAUGCCAGUUGCAGUGAAGCUGCUCUGGUAGUGUGUGGAGACUCAACACCUUACUUAUACACGUUAUGUAGGCUUUUCUUUCAUUUGUCUCCUCUGAUCCAGACGUAUCGUGGAAACGUGUCCAGUGCACGUACACUCAGAAAGGAUUUAUCAGUGAUGUAUGGUAUCUUAACUUUUACAGUGAACAAUAUUUUGUAGGGUCUGGGGUUUUUAAUAUUCCUUAAUACCUCCACCAAAGCAGGUUAUGUUUUCACCUCUUUCCAUUGGUUUGUUGGGUGGUUUAUAAACAGGAUUACGCAAACAUCUAUUGGACAGAUUAUCCUUAAACGUGGUGGAAGGAUGUGGUAUGUAUGGGUCAGGGAAGAACCCAUUACAUUUUGGUGUGGACCCAGGGAUUUUUGAGAUAGAACACAUCUUUUAACAUUUUCCUUGUGCUCUCAGAGAGUUAUUAAUGGAUCUUGAUUGAUCAAAUCUGUUAUGAUCAGAAGAUUAAUGUUCAAGUGUGUGUGCAAGAUCCAAAUAAAAUCUGGAUCUAGUGAAUUUAAAUGUGGAGGAGUAACUUAUGAUUUUUUUUAUUAUUAUUAAUUGAUUGUUGAAACUUUUUAUGUGGAAAAACAUAUCAUAGCACAAGUUAUUAGUCUAAACAGUAAAAAAUGUCCAUGCCUGUCCGGGGAUCUUUCUCAAUAUGUUUGAAACUAAACACAUAUUUAACAGAUAAUCUAUCAAUCAAUCAAUUAUAUAUAUUUUAUGUGUGUGUGUAUUUUGUGUUAAUAUAUAAAAUAUUCGAAUCAGA